CACUCACUCUUUCGAACCUUUCCGACGCGGUUCCCUUUUCGAAUUGGUGCGCCGAUCUUCUGGAUGGUUCGUCGUCGCGGCCGAUGCACGAUUUCUCCCCGGAAAACUAUUCGCGGGAGGAACGGCACACCAUUGGCUACCGCGACGAUGGCCCUCGCAGGUUAACUUUGAAACGGUUCCGAGGGGAAAAAAAAAGCGCGCGCGUAAAUGACAGCAACAAGUAAGCUCGAACGAGAUCGAACGACCCGCCGCUCGAUAAUGCUACGGACACUGUAAAAAGGACACGCGAGGUGUUGGCCGAGCGGCGAUUUAAUCCCGGGGAUAAAGUUUAGAGCCGGUGCGGUCUCUCGCUGGGAACCAUUUUUCACGCGUAAAAAAAAGCAGCACCGUUCUGUGAGCUGCCAGUGACGCGGGAAUGGGUCUGACAGACUCGAGUUUCGAGGCACUUUUGACCCUGUGGCGGGUUCACGUCGAGGGAGUUCUGUGGACCGAAGGGGUCCGCGGUCAGUGUCGCGGUGUCUUGCCCAGUCGUAACAUCGCCGGUCUGAUUCGUUAAUUCUUCGGGACCUGUUCCAUCGGAGGACGCAUAAUGUCGUCGAGGGUGGUGAAGAAUCCUCCAAAGCUCGACGACUCCGUCGACGGCAGGGAGACAUGGUCCGGCAAGGUCGACUUUCUCUUAUCCGUCAUCGGAUUUGCCGUUGAUCUAGCCAAUGUCUGGAGAUUCCCCUAUCUGUGUUACAAAAACGGUGGCGGAGCCUUCUUGGUCCCCUAUUGCAUUAUGCUGGUAGUGGGUGGGAUUCCUCUAUUUUAUAUGGAGCUUGCCCUUGGCCAGUUCAACAGAAAAGGAGCGAUCACCUGCUGGGGUCGUAUAGUGCCACUUUUAAAGGGAAUCGGAUACGCGGUGGCACUAAUCGCAUUCUACGUGGACUUUUACUACAACGUGAUCAUCGCGUGGGCUUUGCGGUACUUCUUCGCUUCGUUCUCCAGCCUUCUGCCUUGGACCACAUGCGACAACCCCUGGAACACGCCGCACUGUCGCGAAUUCGACGCGAACGUCUCUUACACGUUCGACGACACGUCUCCCGUCGAAUCGUUGGAGCCACGGAGCACCGACAACUCGUCCUUGGUCGAGGAAUACUUGGACAGAACUGCCCAUCAACGCUACAACAGCACGUCGCAGACGAGCGCUGCGCAAGAAUACUUCAACCGAGCCAUCUUAGAGCUUUACAAAAGUGAAGGAUUGCACGACCUUGGUGCAAUUAAGUGGGACAUUGCGUUGUGCCUGCUGGUGGUCUACAUCAUCUGUUACUUCUCCCUGUGGAAGGGUAUCUCCACCUCUGGAAAGGUAGUUUGGUUUACGGCUCUGUUUCCGUACGCUGUUCUACUGAUUCUACUUAUACGGGGCGUCACGCUACCAGGAAGUUCCGAAGGGAUACGCUACUACCUCAACCCGAACUUUUCCGCCAUCACGAAGGCGGAGGUGUGGGUGGAUGCCGCGACACAGGUGUUCUUCUCGCUUGGCCCGGGAUUUGGCGUGCUGCUGGCUUAUGCGAGUUACAAUAAAUACCACAACAACGUUUACAAAGACGCUCUAUUAACCAGCCUAAUUAACAGCGCAACGUCUUUCGUUGCCGGAUUCGUGAUCUUCUCUGUGCUCGGAUACAUGGCACGGGCAAGUGGAAAAUCCAUUCAGGAUGUAGCGACGGAAGGACCUGGUCUAGUGUUCAUUGUCUAUCCUGCUGCUAUCGCGACCAUGCCCGGAUCCAUGUUCUGGGCACUGAUCUUCUUCAUGAUGCUUCUAACUUUGGGACUGGACAGCUCGUUUGGUGGUUCUGAAGCGAUAAUCACUGCUCUCAGCGACGAGUUCCCAUUGAUCGGGAACAAUCGUGAAAUUUUCGUCGCCCUUCUCUUCACGCUGUACUUCGUCGUUGGAUUAGCUUCCUGUUCGCAGGGCGGCUUUUACUUUUUCCACUUGUUGGAUCGUUACGCUGCCGGCUAUUCGAUGCUGUUCGCAGUUUUGGCAGAGGCAAUAGCCAUUAGCUGGAUCUACGGAACCGAUCGAUUCUGCGCCGAUAUUAAAGAUAUGAUCGGUUUUUCGCCUGGCAUUUACUGGAGAGUCUGCUGGAAGUUCGUCGCACCGAUAUUUCUUAUGUUUAUCAUCGUAUAUGGUUUAAUGGGCUACGAACCAUUAACAUACGAGGAUUACGUGUAUCCAGUCUGGGCAAACGUAUUAGGCUGGCUAAUUGCGACUUCCUCGAUUGCCAUGAUACCCGGUGUCGCAAUUUACAAGAUCAUCGUUACGCCUGGCAGCUUUAUUCAGAGAUUGAAGAUCCUCACCACCCCCUGGAGAGACACUCAGCAAAGGAACGCGGAUUUGUCGUCGGUGGCGAACGGCGUCGUUCGCCGCAGCUUCAUGGCAGAUCAAGACCUGAAUCUCACCAACGAGCAACGAGAAUUAACCAAGGAACAAACGGAAGUCAUGAUCCAAUCCAGGGAAGGUAUCAACGGAGAUCCACCUCCGGAGCCAGUCUAGGACAGUGCGGUUGUGAUUUUGCACGGUGCCCGGUUCCAAGUAUACCUUUGCUAAUAUUCCAUCGUUGAGGUUUAAUUUUUACGUUACAUUGAACCACACGGACCUCGAACGCACCACUCGGAACGCAGACAUUACGAUGCGAUACCUUCGACGAUUCUUUACUCUCUCUCUCUCUCUUUCUCUCUCUCUCUCUCUCUCUCUCUCUCUCUCUCUCUGUCUCUCUCUCUCUCUGUCUCUCUCUCUCUCUGUCUCACUUUCUCUCUGCACGACAAGGAUCCCGUAUGCCACAGGGCUUAUGGGACCCCUGCGCAAUAGACUCGCACCUUUGUACACCCAAAUGAGAUCAUUUCUUAACGCAUAAGCACUGUCCAACGAUACAACGCAGUUUAUCUUUUCUACCAUUUACCACGACACGCUCAGUGUACCGAACCAAUUUGUAAUUAUGUGUGAUUGCGAUACAGGCUUCGCACUAAAAAUUAAUCCUUUCCCGGAUCGUAUUCAUCUUUUUACAAAUCAUAUUAAUUCUUUCGUGGAUCGUACCCAGCUUUCUGCAACUCAAAUGCGACCUAUUUGUAAUUAGUUGUAAUAAAAUUCGUAUUUUUCAAAAUUGUAUGACAUUUUAUAAAUAGUUUAUUUAAGAUUGGUGAAGAUAUCAAUUGCUUGUAAUGAGAUGUGUAUUAUUUUAUAGAUAAGCGUAUAAAUUCUUACGUAGAAGUCAAUUUGAUCUGUAAAAGGUCGAGAAAAAUCUGAAAAUUGGUUGAUUUGAUUUGCAAAAGGAUAUGAGAAUAUGAUCCACAGAAGGAUUAGUUUCGAGUGCAAAACCUGUAACGAACCACGGUGUCGCACACCUAUUUUCCCAUCUAACGGCUUCCUUUGCAGUAUAAUUGAUUAGAUUGUAGACGUGUGUUUAGAGGUAUGUUCUCCACUUUCGUGAGUUCCCGAAAACUCGAACCAAAGAAAUAUUGCUUUCUAGAGAAAAUCGAAAGAAUUUUAAUUAAUUAAAAUUCUCUUGUUAUGUUGCGUUUCAACUUGUAAUUAACUUAUUAUUAUGGGAAAUGGUUUUUACCGGACGCAUUGGUUGGCUGAAAUAGAAAUAUUUCAAGCUCGCGUAACAUUUCUAUUUUCGGUUAUUAUAUUUCUUGUAAAUAGAUACGAUAGACGCUAUUUGUACAACUUGUCGAUUUCCUUUUGACAGUCGUCUGUUAUUUCGGACACCGUGUUAAAAUGUUUUUUCAAUGAGAUCAUGUUUUUCUAUAUCCCCGCAUCAAACAGAAGGACGUAUUUAAUAAUUAGCAAUAAUACUCUACUGUUAGAAAUAUGAAAGUAUGACCAACAAAAUAAUGAAACCGUGAAUCGAACUCGUUUAAAUUCGUUGAUCGAAAUAUUGAAAUUGAAUUGGAAUGUUAUAUCACGUGUAUCAAGGUGUAAUCUGCUAUUUUGUCCAAGUAAAACAUUUCUUCUCGACGGAGACCACUAAAUCACGGUAAUAUUACGCAGCACAAGGGUAGAAAAAUCUACUAAAUUUGUCUUGUGUGUCAUUGUUAAGGAAAUAGUAGAUUACCCGUGUGUGUACACUUAAUAUCGACGAUGAUGUUCGAUGGAACAACGUAAUUGCAUUUGUCAAAGAACACCAAUGAUUUAUUCGAAUAAAUGAGAUCCUAGCUCUGACUUCGAAUAUCAUUCGAUCAGCUAUCGCAAUAAGAGGAACGAGAAAAAAUACACUACAAAAAUAAUGAUUUUCUUUCAAUGAGAUCAACCGAUGAUAUAUUAUAUUAAUGGAUAUCUUCAUUUCUAAAAUGUCUCUGCAGUGUUCACGAGAACACAGUGCAGUUGGUCCAACCUGUAAAUACUACAGGCAUUACAGAAUUUUCUAGAUAAAGUCGAUAAGCGAUUAGAUUAUUGAUACCAUUCUAGAUUUAAUGAAUGUGUAUAAUUGCAUUAGCUAGAGGAAAGUCUCUUUGGGCAGCAGCUUUAAGUUGCAUAAAAGUUAAUAUUUUAAUAAUUACAAGCGUCUUGUUGAAACAUAGAAAACGUAAGAACUCGAAUCUCUACCGUACCAUUGAAAAAUGCCAUAACACAAACGUAAGAAAAACUCAAAUAUAAUAGAUCUUUCAUGUAGUUGAGAAAAGCAACCAGCAAAUUGUAAGCCACAUUCUGUUCACGGAGUUCCUAUCCUUACCGGUACUUAAUAAAUGAGCUUUCGUUGCGGUUUUACCUCUAAGAUGUUUAUUUCUUUCCAUCAUAGACAAAUGCGAUAGUGUCGAUUCUUCUUGCAAAAUUGUUGUACUAAAACUAAACCACAUAUUGUUAUAUGAGUUAUUACAAGGCUGUGGAUGUCUGUGCAUCGAAGUCCAAAAUAUUCGAGAUUACAAUUAUAUUUUGUAUAGUAUUAUUUUAUUUUUUCCAUCAGAAUCAUUGAUCCAGAAAACAAAACAUUAUUCGAGUUCAAAAGUAAAUAUUGUAAUUACGUUUGAACCGAUCGAUUGUUAACCAUUUUCUUCCAUUUUUAGAAAUGGAAGAUAUUCUGUUCAUCUUUUUCUUUUUUUAAAUAAAAGCGAAGGAUUGGCACGAAUGCUGUCAAACGUUGAUGUUUCAGAUUAAUGACAGUAUUGUCGCGACCAAAUGUUUCGAUUUAGUUGCUGAAACGCUUUUACAUCGCCUGGCUCAAACAGACGAACAUGCUGUGUAGACUAUACGCGAAUUGUAAUCACCGAUCAGGUGUAAAACGUUACAUUAAAAUGUAUUAACGUUCAAAUGUUACCGAAAUAACAAAGCCUAUGUAAAAUGGAAAAUAAGAAGUAUUAUUGUCGAUUUAAUAUUUAGAAUAGACUAGUCGUUAGACAGACAAUACCGAGGAAAUGUAAUCUACUAAAUUGAACAGAGUUUGUAACUGCAAACAAUACAGUAUCAAACAUUACAUUUUCAAUUUUCUAUAGCACAAAAUGAGAAAAAACGAAAUAAUUAUUUAACGGUGUAUCCUUUUGUUUCGUUUCUUUAUAAAUUUUAUUUUUCUUCUAAGAUAUGAAAUUUCUGUUGACAAUUAUAUUUAUCCACAAGAGUUUUGCAUCCUAUUGGAUGCUUUUAUUACUUGUAUAAAAAAUGAACCGAAUAAUUUCGCAAAGCAUAUCCGAAGCAAUUGUCUGUCUCUCCUUGACUUUGAAUAUCGACGACGGAAAAUGGUUGAGUAGACAUUAAGUAUUUGAAAAAGUAUUAUCGUGAACUUGUUAGAAAAUAUUCUAUGUGCAGAUAUACAUAUAUGUACGAUAUAGUUUAUAGCUAUUGUUGUUAGAAACAACAGUACGUAUGUACGUAUAACGAUAUGUUAGCCGACGCGCGUGCAUAUACUUAUAAAUACAUAUUAUACAAGCUUAAGUCACCAGAAAUUAAAUCUGUAAAUGUCCCAUUUAACUGCGAGAGUCCGAAAGAAUGUUCCAAGGAUCAUUCUAAGGAUUUCGAAGAACUAUUUAAUUAUUAAUGACCUAAAAUCAAUCAAAAACUAUAUUUUUUAGCUUCUCGAUUUUCCGUUAUUAUUUUAUACCAAAUAAGCGAAUUUUCGUUUUAAGACUAUAUGUGAUUUUUAUUAGUAAUGAUAAUUACUUCCAAAUAAUAUUAAUCAAUAAUAAUUAAUUCUUGAUCCCACUGCUCGGUAUAUAAAAUUUUGUGAAAAUAUUUUUCUCUUUGUUUUGUUUGCACUUUGAAUACAGUCCAAUUAUGUCCUGAACAUCUUUCAGAUUCUCACCAAUAAAGAAAAGCAAUCUGGUGUUCUAUUUAAAACGAACCAUCCUGUAUAAUUGUAUGUUAUAUUUUAUACAUCGCAUCUGAGUUGCGACCGCAGCCAUAGGUAGCAGCUCGGGCCUUGUUAACAUGAAAAAUAAAUAAAUAUUCACAAGAACUGGACAACUAUCAUAGACAGAUAAUAUUCUUUAGUUAGUUGGCAAUAACACUUUUCAUUAUCUCAGGUUUACGUUCGGUGAAAUUUUGAACCGUGAUCUUUUACUGUUUUGUUCGUCAAAAAUUGAUGACUCCAAAAUUCCUUAUUUAAUAAUUUUAAGCUAAUAAUAAUUAUUAUUAUUGUUAAUAUUAUUAUGUUUAUGCAGCUUCGCAGCCAGCAAUAGGACUCGGUUUAUAUUACCCUAAUUAUAAUUAUAAGCUAUCUUAACCAUUCAUUCUUUUCAUCUACAUUCUCUCUUGCAAAUCAUUUUAAUAAGCUUAAGUUAUACAUUUGAAUUGUUGUUUAUAAUUAUUUCACAUUAUGGAUGUAAAAUUUAAUUUUCCAAAUGAAAUAUAUAUUUGUUUUUCUAAUAAAGAGAUUGUGUGAAAUAUUAAA